AUGUCCACCGUCGUAGCGGCGGGCCUUCUGACAACACAGUCUGAAUAUACGACAUGCAGCAGCCGGUCCAAUAUCAAGACUCCCACACACGAUAGCUGUCACAGCUACAGCAACUUGGACUCGAUACCCACGCCACCACACACGCCAUCUUCUCCAGAUCCGGGUGAAGCCGCCUGA